UAUCGGUUCUCUGAAGUACUCAAAAUUUCUGCUACCGGUUCUCCAGAACUAGUCAGAACCUGCUGAAACCCACCUCUGGGGGUGUGCGUGCGUGUGUGCGCGCACGGGUGGCUGGGUGAAUGUGUCUCCCACACCUCAGAGGGAUCUGGUGAUCAGAGAAGUCAGCUUAGCUGAGGAAAACGGAAGCUUUCCACCAACGCCCCAUCCGUUUGGCUAUUUCUCAAUCUUAUAUAUAUAUAUAUAUAUAUAUAUAUAUAGUGCUUAUAGGACUGCAACUUUAACUUGGGUUUCGCUUUCUGCCACCCAGACGACAUCCAAACAAAACUUCCCGUGAAGCAAAGCGACGAUCCUUUGAGCAGGAGAAACUUCUUUUUCGGCGCUCUCCCUCAAACUCGGUUCUCCAAGAGUUCUGCAGCUUUGCUUUAGCGCCACUUUAGAUUAGCCGCCGCCGCCGCCGCCGCGGCUUCUCAGCCCCGUUUUCUUUUCGGGUUUCAGGCGCGAAUCCGCGAUCGCAAACCGUCGUUAUUUUAAUCUUAUUGUUGCAACACAUCAUGUGUUCUGGCCUGUUGGAGAACUAUGUGGCUGCCAUGGUGUUGAGUGCAGCUGGAGAUGCCCUGGGCUUUUGUAAUGCAAAAUGGGAAUUCCAAACAAGCGGCGAGAAAAUUCACAACGAAGUAGCCAAAAUGGGUGGCGUGGACCAACUUAGCAUAAAAGGUUGGAAGGUCAGCGAUGACACCAUUAUGCACUUGGCUACAGCUGAAGCCUUGGCUGCUGCUGGAAAAAAACCAGACUUAUCCCACUUGUACAAACUCCUUGCAACAAACUACAGGGAUUGUAUGAGUGACAUGGCUGGACGAUCUCCAGGUGAUACUUGCAUGCAUUAUGCUAUGAAUUUGGAUCCAGAUGACCCAGAUAGCUGGAUACCUAGUUUCUGUGAAAGGGGAGGAGGGUGUGGAGCUGCCAUGAGAUCAAUGUGCAUUGGACUAAGAUUUUGUCAUCCAGAAGACCUGGAAACAUUAAUUGCAGUCAGUAUUGAGAGUGGACGAAUGACUCACCACCAUCCGACUGGUUAUCUUGGAUCCCUUGCAUCUGCUCUUUUUACUUCUUAUGCUGUGAAUCACAAACCAAUAAAGGAAUGGGGAAAAGGGCUAAUGGAGGUGAUGCCUAAAGCAAAGGCCUAUAUCCAGAGGUCUGGCUUCUUUGUAGAGAAAAAUUUGGAGCAUUGGAACUACUUUGAAAACCAGUGGAAGAGAUACCUGGAAAUCAGAGGCAUCUCAGAUGGGAUCUCUCCUCCUUCCUUCCCUAAAGUAUUUGGUGUGAAAGAGAGAGAUGAAUUCUACACUUCCUUGAGUUUCUCUGGGUGGGGAGGUAGUAGUGGCCAUGAUGCGCCCAUGAUUGCCUAUGAUGCCAUCCUGGGUUCAGAGAACUGGACGGAGUUAGCUCUGCGGAGUUUCUUUCAUGGUGGGGACAGUGACUCUACUGCGGUGAUUGCUGCAUGUUGGUGGGGGGCAAUGUAUGGCUUCAAAGGGGUUAGUGAAAAAAACUAUAAAAAUAUUGAAUACAAAGACAGACUGGAAAAAGUGGCUAAAAAACUCUAUAAUCUCAGCUUGACUACCUAAAAGUCCUACUGCUAAGAGGUGAGGCAACUGUUAAAAUUCAGCAAAACAAAAUAUUUACCUGUGAAUUUGUAAAGGAAUGUGAAUAGUGAAUACAUCUAGAUUUGAUUUUAAAUUAUUCAGUAAAUACUACUGAAAGAUCUAACAUCACCUGCCCUUAAAAAAACCUGAAGAAAUUAUUUGAAUAUAAUGUAACGUUUAGCUGGAAAGGGAGAGGGUACCUCUCAUUUUAUUUGUAAAAUUAGUUGGGACCUCUAAUCUUUUGCGUUUUGUUUGUAUUUAGGAAUGUAGCAGAAGAAUCCGAAACAAAACUUUGAUAUAUGCAUUGGGCUUUCUAGGAAGUGUGUAGGCAGAUAAACAUUGUCCCUGCUCCAAUUUUAUUUUUUGAAUUGUAGUUUUAGAUGAUCAGAGCGAGCCAUUAGUCCUCUAGCUGCAACUGAGCUGUUGUCAUCCAUCAUUUCAAAUUGCUGCCAUAAAUAUAAGCAAUUCAAGUCCUGCCUUAGCCAUGAAAGCCAGCUGAGUGACUAUGGGCCAGUCACUCUCUCAGCCCAACUCACCUCCCAGGGUUGUUGUGGGGGAAAUAAGAGGGUGGUGUGUUGGAUACACUGACUGUCUUAUUUGUAUAUAAUGUAUGUAUGUAAAAAAUAAAGGUGUGAUAUAUAUACAUACGUACAUACUCUAUGGACUUUUGACUGACAUCUUUGCAAGCAGUAAACUACACCUUGGCCUCAGGAAUUAUAACAUUUAAGUUUUGCUUAGCAUUUUGCAAACUUCAUUCAACCAAAUAGUGUUUUGAAAUAGUCCGAGUUCGAUUGAAGACGUGUGGCUUAUAUAUUAUAUGUAUCCUGCCUUUAUUAUUUUUACAAAUAACUUACACCAGUGAACACUCAAUGUUCACCGAGAGACAAUGACUGGCUCAAUGACCAUCCAGCUGGCUUUCACGGUAAAAGUGGAAUUUGAAUACAUGUCUCAUUGUUUCUAGCCUGGUGCUUUAACCACUAGAACAAACUGGCUUUCAGACUAAAGAAAAGUCUUGUGUGUUUAAGGACAAUCUCUUAAGGAAGAACAAAUGAUAAACAACAUGCAUAACUCCAAUAAUUGGAUACUUUGCAUAACUCCAAUAAUAUACUGUAACAUUAGCUUAGAUUCCCUUUCCUUCCUCGGCAUUGUUGAAUCUUUAAGGAAAAGCUGAUCUUCUCUUUGCCAUUACAGCUAAGUUCCAGCAAAGUUAUACCUUCAUAAUCUUAGCUUUCAGAACGAAAGGGAAACAGACAAGUGAAAUCCGUUCUGUACAAAUGAGUCACUGUAGGCAUUUGUUCAAUGCUUAUGUUGUAUGCCCAUGCCAGUGAUGCCAAGCCAUGGUAAGAGCAAGAAUAUUUUGGCUUGCUGCAGUUGAACAUCCAAACUUGACAUAAACAGCACAUUGGGAUUGUAUCAAUAAAAUGUUUUGUUAACAGUUCAAAACCAUUAACACAGGACAAUAAAUCACCAUUUUAACACAGUUUA